AUGAUGGGCGACAAGUUCCAAAAGUGCCUCGCCAAGAAGGAGCAGGAGGCGACAGCGCGGAGGGCGGCCAGAAGGGCAGAGCGGGACGCAGCAAGCCAGCCCGCGACUGGGGGGACGGACGUGGGGGGGGGUGCGGGGGAAGGCCGGGGGGGAGAGGAGGGGGAGGAGGUGGAAGAGGGGGAGGAGGUGGAAGAGGGGGAGGAGGUGGAAGAGGGAGAGGAGGUAGAGGAGGGGGAGGUGGUGGAGGAAGUGGAGGAGGAAGUGGAGGAGCAAGAGAGAGUAGGGGAGGAGAAGAGAGUGGGGGAAGCGAGUGGGAAAAGUAAGAUUUCUGAAGAAAAAGCUGAGUGCAGUGAAGGGGAGACAGGGGAUGACAGUGAGGAGGACGGUGAGGAGGAAGGGGAUGUGGAGAAUGAGGAAGUGGAGGGGGAGAAGGUAGAGGAGGGGGGUGAGAGUGAGGGGGAGGAGGUGGAGGACGAAGAGGGUGAGGAUGGGGCAGAGUUCUGGAUGCCUCCUGUAGGUGACAGGUGGGAUGGGGAUGAUGGGGGUGGGCGGUGGGGCAGCAGGGAAGAGAAGAGGGAGGCAAAGCGGAAACGAAGAAUGGAAGCGGAGGAAGAGGAGGAAGAAGAGGAAGAAGAGGAAGAAGAGGAGGAAGAAGUGGAAGAAGAGGAGGAAGAGGAGGAAGAAGACGAGGAAGAGGAGGAAGAAGAGGAAGGGGAGGAGGAUGAGGAAGAGGAUGAGGAGGAGGAUAAGGAGGAGGAUGAGGAGGAGGAUGAGGAGGAGGAUGAGGAGGAGGAUGAGGAGGAGGAUGAGGAGGAGGAUGGGUCGGAGUUUUGGAUGCCACCUGUAGACGAACGGGAGGAGGGGGAGGAGGAGGAGGAGGAAGAAGCUUCACAAGCCACUGCAGCCGCGCGAGGCAAUAGGCGGAAGCGUAGAAAGGGGGGGAGGGGGCAUUGUUGA